GACUAUAUACAGCGACAAACUGCAGCACUGCAGUACAGGCAGAGAACACUCUCUGAGACCGGACAUGUCCAGCUGUCCCUCCCCCAUGGCAUGCCCCACCCACUUCUCUGGCUCGCCAGCGAUGAAGAUCUACAUCGAUCCCUUCACCUACGAGGACCCCAACGAAGCCGUCCGAGAAUUUGCCAAAGAGAUAGACGUAUCCUGUGUGAAGAUUGAGGAGGUCAUUGGUGCAGGCGAGUUUGGAGAGGUGUAUAAGGGUCGCCUGAAACCGUCUGGGAAGAGGGAGCUGUACGUGGCCAUUAAGACCCUGAAGGCGGGCUACGUGGAGAAGCAGAGAAGAGACUUCUUGUCUGAGGCCAGCAUCAUGGGCCAGUUUGACCACCCCAACAUCAUCAGACUGGAGGGCGUGGUCACCAAGAGUCGGCCAGUCAUGAUUAUCACAGAGUUUAUGGAGAAUGGGGCCCUGGACUCCUUCCUGAGGCAAAAUGACGGGCAGUUCACGGUGAUCCAGCUGGUGGGGAUGAUGCGUGGCAUCGCGGCGGGCAUGAAGUACCUGGCAGAGAUGAACUACGUCCACAGAGACCUGGCCGCCCGCAACAUCCUGGUCAACAGCAACCUGGUGUGUAAGGUGUCUGACUUUGGCCUGUCCCGUUACCUACAGGACGACACAUCAGACCCCAUCUAUACUAGCUCCCUGGGAGGGAAGAUCCCGGUGAGGUGGACAGCCCCUGAGGCUAUUGCCUACAGGAAGUUCACAUCAGCCAGUGACGUGUGGAGCUAUGGCAUCGUCAUGUGGGAGGUGAUGUCAUUUGGUGAGCGGCCAUACUGGGACAUGAGCAACCAGGACGUGAUCAAUGCCAUAGAGCAAGACUACCGUCUGCCCCCUCCCAUGGACUGCCCCACAGCACUACACCAGCUGAUGCUGGACUGCUGGCAGAAAGACAGAAACGCCCGGCCCAAAUUCACUGACAUCGUCAACACACUGGACAAGAUGAUCCGCAACCCUAUCAGCCUCAAAGCUGUGGCCACCAUCACUGCAGUGCCUUCUCAGCCCCUGCUAGACCGCUCCAUUCCAGACUUCACCACCUUCACCUCUGUGGAGGACUGGCUAGGUGCCAUCAAGAUGGGGCAGUACAGAGACACUUUCCUGGGCUCUGGCUUCACCUCCCUACCCCUGGUGGCUCAGAUCAGCUCAGAAGACCUGUUGAGGAUAGGAGUGACCCUGGCCGGCCAUCAGAAGAAGAUCCUGAGCAGUGUCCAGUCUAUGAGGGACCAGAUGGCCCAGUCCCCCACCUCCAUGGCCUGACCACAGGGUGCGCCACCACCACCCAGAGACAACCCACCAGGGAGUCCAUAGGAAAACUCCUGAUGACCCUAAAGAAUACACCAGGGUGGAGACACUAACCUGAUUUAAAGAACGACCAUGUGGCACAUACAUAACAGCAUGCCCGCUCCCAACACACACUCUCCACACCUAGGUAAAGAGAGUUAACCGAAGAUACAAAAGGGGUAGAAGAUAAAAUUCUGCCUCAGGACAACUUCAAUGGUUCAGUUAAGGUAGUCUAUAAAGUUGGCUUCUUUUUUGCUGAAGAAGAGAGCAAGCGAAAGAGCAAGGGUGUCUGUUUGCUUGCUAUGACAGUUGGUCAUAAAAUGCUAAAAGAAAAUAUAUUUUAAAAAACGGUGCUACUUUAUGAGGAUCAAUGGGUUGACUUGGCCAAAGGACAACAUCAAACAGUGUCACCCAGAUUAGAAAAACAAACAAAAGGGUACAGAACUAGUCAAAGGUUUGGAGACACCUACUCAUUCAAGGGUUUUUUCUUUAUUUUUUACUAUUGUCUACAUGUCACGUCCUGACCUUGGAGAUCCUUAUUAUUCUCUAUGUUUGGGUAGGUCAGGGCGUGACUCGGGUGGGAAAGUCUAUGUUUUCUAUUUCUUUGUUUUUGGCCGAGCGUGGUUCCCAAUCAGAGGCAGCUGUCUAUCGUUGUCUCUGAUUGGGGAUCCUAUAUAAGUUGUAAUUUUCCUUUUGGGUUUUGUGGGAUCUUGUUUUCUGUUUAGUUUCUUAGCUUUACAGAACUGUGCUCUUUCGUUUUUUGUCUUUGUUAUUUUGUUUUGGUGUCAUCAAUAAAAAGACAAUGUACGCCUACCAUGCUGCGCCUUGGUCCACUCUUCAUUCUACAAACGAGAGCCGAUACAGAAGAUCCCAACAAAAAUGGACCAAGCAGCAUGGCCAGGAGGAGUGGACAUGGGAGGAAAUCCUGGAUGGAGAAGGGCCCUGGACGCGGGCCGGGGAGUAUCGCCGUCCAAGGGAGCAGAUGGAGGCAGCGAGGGAGGAACGGCAAUGAUACAUGGAGUUAAGUCAUCAACAGAAGCCCGAGAGGCAGCUCCCAAUUUUUGGGGGAGGGGUCACACAGGGAGAUUGAGUCAGGGUUUAGACCUGAGCCAUCUCCACGUGCUUACCGUGGUGAGCGUGUGACCGGUCAGGCACCGUGUUAUGCGGUGAUGCGCACUGUGUCUCCAGUGCGCAUUCACAGCCCGGUGCGCUUUGUUCCAGCUCCCUGCAGUUUCCGAGCUAGAGUUGUACUAGAGUGGGCAUUCAGCCAGGACGGAUUGUGCCGGCUCAGCGCUCCUGUCUCCGGUGCAUCUCUUCGGCCCAGGAUAUCCUGCACCAGCUCUACGCACGGUAUCCCCAGUUCGCCAGCACAACCCAGUUCGGCUUGUGCCAGCUCUCCACACCGAGCUAAAGUGGGUAUCCAGCCAGGACGUGUUGUGGCAGCUCCACGUACCAGGCUUCCAGUAUGUCUCCUAAGUCCGGUGAGACCUGUUUUGGCUCCACGUACGAAGCCUCCAGUGAUGAUCCAUGGCCCGAAGCCUCCAGUGAUGAUCCAUGGCCGAAGCCUCCAGUGAUGAUCCAUGGCCCGGAGCCUGCAGUGUUGAUCCAUGGCACGGAGCCUGCAGUGGAUGAGACAGGGAAAGGAGCCUCCAGCGACGGUCCCCAGUCCGGAGCCUCCAGCGACUGUUCCCAGUCCGGAGCCUCCAGCGACUGUUCCCAGUCCGGAGCCUGCAGCGACUGUUCCCAGUCCGGAGCCUGCAGCGACGGUUCCCAGUCCGGAGCCUGCAGCGACGGUUCCCAGUCCGGAGCCUGCAGCGACGGUUCCCAGUCCGGAGCCUGCAGCGACGGUUCCCAGUCCGGAGCCUCCAGCGACGGUCCUCAGUCCGGAGCCUGCAUCGAAGAUCUACGGUCCGGAGGUCCCGGCAACGAUCCCUGCACCAGAGGCGCCACCAAAGUGGGGGAAGCCUCAAGCGGAGCGGAGUCUGCGUCCUGCACCGGAGCCCCCACCGGAGCCCCCACCGAGAGUAGAUGCCCACCCGGACCCUCCCCUAUAGGGUCAGGUUUGCGGCCGGAAUCCGCACCUUUGGGGGUGGGAGGACCUUAGAGAUCCUUAUUAUUCUCUAUCUUUUUUUUGGGCCGGGUGUGGUUCCCAAUCAGAGGCAGCUGUCUAUUGUUGUCAAUGAUUGGGGAUCAUAUAUACAGCAGGGCAAAAAAGUAUUUAGUCAGCCAAUUGUCAAUUGUGCAAGUUCUCCCACUUAAAAAGAUGAGAGGGGCCUGUCAUUUUCAUCAACUAUGACAGACAAAAUGAGAAAAAAAAUUCAGAAAAUCACAUUGUAGGAUUUUUAAUGAAGUUAUUUGCAAAUGAUGAUGUAAAAUAAGUAUUUGGUCAAUAACAAAAGUUUAUCUCAAUACUUUGUUAUAUACCCUUUGUUGGCAAUGACAGAGGUCAAACGUUUUCUGUAAGUCUUCACGAGGUUUUCACACACUGCUGCUGGUAUUUUGGCCCAUUCCUCCAUGCAGGAGUGAUGUUUUGGGGCUGUUGCUGGGCAACACGGACUUUCAACUCCCUCCAAAGAUUUUCUAUGGGGUUGAGAUCUGGAGACUGGCUAGGACACUCCAGGACCUUGAAAUGCUUCUUACGAAGCCACUCCUUCGUUGCCCGGGCGGUGUGUUUGGGAUCAUUGUCAUGCUGAAAGACCCAGCCACGUUUCAUCUUUAAUGACCUUGCUGAUGGAAGGAGGUUUUCACUCAAAAUCUCAGGAUUCCUGGCCCCAUUCAUUCUUUCCUUUACAUGGAUCAGUCGUCCUGGUCCCUUUGCAGAAAAACAGCCCAAAGCAUGAUUUUCCCACCCCCGUGCUUCACAGUAGGUAUGGUGUUCUUUGGAUGCAACUCAGCAUUCUUUGUCCUCCAAACAUGACGAGUUGAGUUUUUACCAAAAAGUUCUAUUUUGGUUUCAUCUGACCAUAUGACAUUCUCCCAAUCUUGUUCUGGAUCAUCCAAAUGCUCUCUAGCAAACUUCAGACGGGCCUGGACAUGUACUGGCUUAAGCAGGGGGACACGUCUGGCACUGCAGGAUUUGAGUCCCUGGCGGCGUAGUGUGCUACUGAUGUUAGGCUUUGUUACUUUGGUCCCAGUUCUCUGCAGGUCAUUCACUAGGUCCCCCCGUGUGGUUCUGGGAUUUUUGCUCACCGUUCUUGUGAUAAUUUUGACCCCACGGGGUGAGAUCCAGAUCGAGGGAGAUUAUCAGUGGUCUUGUAUGUCUUCCAUUUCCUAAUAAUUGCUCCCACAGUUGAUUUCUUCAAACCAAGCUGCUUACCUAUUGCAGAUUCAGUCUUCCCAGCAUGGUGCAGGUCUACAAUUUUGUUUCUGGUGUCCUUUGACAGCUCUUUGGUCUUGGCCAUAGUGGAGUUUGGAGUGUGACUGUUUGAGGUUGUGGACAGGUGUCUUUUAUACUGAUAACAAGUUCAAACAGGUGCCAUUAAUACAGGUAACGAGUGGAGGACAGAGGAGCCUCUUAAAGAAGAAGUUACAGGUCUGUGAGAGCCAGAAAUCUUGAUUGUUUUUAGGUGACCAAAUACUUAUUUUCCACCAUAAUUUGCAAAUAAAUUCAUUAAAAAUCCUACAAUGUGAUUUUCUGGAUUUUUCCCCCUCAUUUUGUCUGUCAUAGUUGAAGUGUACCUAUGAUGAAAAUUACAGGCCUCUCAUCUUUUUAAGUGGGAGAACUUGCACAAUUGGUGGCUAACUAAAUGCUUUUUUGCCCCACUGUAAGUUGUCAUUUUCCUUUUGGGUUUUGUGGGAUCUUGUUUUCUGUUUAGUUUCUUAGCCUUACAGAACUGUGCUCUUUAGUUUUUUGUCUUUGUUAUUUUGUUUUGGUGUCAUCAAUAAAAAGACAAUGUAUGCCUAC